CAGUUUUCACUGGGCAUCAUCUUUGGCUUCUGUAUUGUCCACACUGUCCUCGGCUGCAGCGCCACCACAUUUUUCUUCUUCUGCGACACCAGUCCGAGUCAUGGAGGUGGUGAGUCCUGGUGGCAACUCCUUUGUGGAGGAAGGACGAUGAAGGCAAGACUGUUUGCAACGCAUGCAGCCUCUACUAUAAGCUUCACGGCUCUGCUCAUCCCAUUAGUAUGAAAUCUGAUAUUAUUCGGAAGCGCUCUCGACACGAUGCUCGUGCGCAGCGCUCCUCCCUCACUGAGCCCCCAAGUGCAUCUAACAAGCCUGGCACUCCUUCCGUUAUGGAGGAGACAGUUUCAGAAUG